AUGAAGUCAAUCUACCAGCCAAAUCCCCUCUUCCCCGUCCUAAGCAUCCUCACCUUCAUUCCGCUAGUAGCCUCGCUCUGCUACUACCACGAUGGAACCGUCGCGUCAAAUCCUAUAUAUCAACCAUGCAUUUCCAUCCAAGACACAAUAGGCAUGUGCUGUGCCAGUAACCGGUCAAACCCAGCUGGCGGAAGCAGCACCGACGGACUUACCUCGGACGAAUGUCUUGCCAACGGGCUGUGCAUGAAUGUACUGACGUACAGAAACAGCGCCGGUGAAUCGGGCACAAAUACGACAUACUGGCGCAAUCAGUGUACGAUUUCCGACUGGAAGAAUAAUGGAUGUUUGAAUGUGUGUACCAAGGGAUCGACACCAAGUGGUGGAUCGGAUUUCUCUGCUAAGAUGACCUCUUGCGAUGGCACUGCGAACUCGACGACCUGGUGUUGUGGGGAUGAUGGGAGCUGCUGCAAUACUCCAUCUGCAAUUACGAUAGCUCAGAAGCUGGGUGAACACACUUCUACCUCGACAUCGCUUUUGAUUUCAAGUCCAACAUCUACUUCAACUUCAACUUCAACUUCGACUUCAUCCUCAUCCUCAUCGUCUCAACUUUCAGGCGGUGUUAUCGCCGGGAUCACUGUCGGCAGCGUUUUUGGGGCUAUUGCAUUCCUGACUAUUAUUUAUUUUUCGCUUGUGUGGUGGAAGAAGAAACGGAUUCAGAGAGAGAAUGAAGCAGAGGGAUUGGCGAUAAUUCUUCGCCCCGGUUCUCGUCCUCAAGAGCUUGAGAAUCAUAUCCAGACUGUUGGCGUUCGGAGUGUUGCACAUGAGAAGGCAACUGGGCCCCAGGAUAUUAGGGCUGAGCUCCCAAGCGAGCCGUUGGGACGAACAGUGAAUUAA